AUGUUUGAGUUCAUAGUCACUCCACCAAAGGAGGUUGACGACAAUGCCAUCAAUAAUAAUAAUAGCAGUAUCAAUGGUUCAUAUAAUAAUGGUAGUGGCAUGCCACCUAUAAUAGUGACUACAUCUACAUCAGAUCAAGACUCUGCAAUGGCACACUCGAGUCCAUCAUUCACAUCUACCUCAACAUCAACAUCAACUUCAACCUCAACAACAACAAGGAAUAAUAAUAGAUUAGUGUCUAGUGAGCCAAAGCUACCUGAAUGGGUACUUGAUAUGAUACUGCAUAGAUGUUGGAAUAGAAAGGAAUUUACUCAGGCGAAUGUGGACUUGGCAUUGGUAUGCUGGCAUUGGUUUGAUAUUGGAUCACGACUGAGUAGUGACGAUAUGGUGGUGUAUGUGUCGUCGGCGGCACCGCUUCAGACCACCUUCCACAUGGACCCUUCCAAACGAAGGUUCCAACUUGUGCGUUACUUCCGCACCUUGGUCUCGGAGGACAUCAAUCACGGCGAUAUUGUGAGUGGCCUGUCAAUGCCGCCCGGCCAGGACAUAUCAGUGCUGCUCCAGUCCAAAAUGCUGCAGCUGUCGUAUGGCCAGAUUGACUCAUGGCAACUGUGGUGGUCGCAAUAUUACAAGGACUCGGACGCCGCCGUGUCCAAGUCCAUCCAGCAGCUGUCCAAGUUCAUCUCACACAACAAUGGCCUGAGGCACUUUGGUCUGCGAUCGCGACCAGGCUUUAGCCGCGCGCCACUCAACCUGAUCAUCUCAAGACUCGACACGAUCACACGCAAUCUUUCCGACCUCCAGAUCGACUACGAGCACAGGGGCUCGGGCAUCGCCCUGGGCAUUGAUUAUUGUCCCCUGUCCGAGUUCAUAAUGGAGCGCUCACUCACUUCAUUGGCGUUGUCGUUGCCCGAUUGCAACACAUCACAUCUGAACCACUUCUACGCCGACAUAUUAUCAUCAAAGACCAUGGCCCGCUCUCUGCGGCACCUGAAGCUGCUCAUUGUGGACGACGACGAGCACCCAUUCCCAUGGUCGGCGCUUCUCCAACUCGACAGCCUGGUGUCAUUAGACCUUCAGUGGCUGGGCCAUGGGCCCACAGAAUCAUUCGAACGCGACGACUCAUUCUUCCGAUACCUGGCGAACAAUCACUCUCUCACACAUCUUGGCACUGGCAUCCCUCUGAUCCCUGCCCUGCUCAAGCAGGACAUUGUGUCCAAGCCCAAGCUCGUCGAGCUCAGUCUGUCGAUCGAGGGCAACAGCUUCCCGGACAACCAGCCAGCGACCGGCGUGCAGUUCAACCCCGAGAUGAAGCGACUGUCUCUGCACUUUGAUCUGUCACAGCUGAUUGAAACGCGACCCAUCCUGCGCUCCAACCUCUUGUCGUACGCACCAUCGCUCACACACCUCGAGCUGUCGCACCCGCCCGUGUCUGUCGUUGCCAAGCUCGUAUCGAUGCUUGAAGAGGCACCGAUAUGCCUCCAGCUCCCCACCCUGCGCCACCUGUACAUCCACUUCCGCUUCAAACGCAGUCCAGCACUGCUCUACGCCGACUAUGUCUUCAACGACCAGCUGCCCGAGCCCAGCGACAUGGACUCGGCCAUUGACUAUGAGUCCAGCAAGCCGAUGCUCGAGUCGCUCUUCAUUGCCAUCUCGACCAAUCGCACGCUGCGCAAGCUGGACGUGUCCAACCUGCCCAACAAGUUUGCCUCGAUCUUCUACGACAUCAUGGCCAAGAGUGCCGUGACGUUGGUCAAGAUCCAGACCAGCAACAUCUCGCACAACUGUAUACCAAACAAGUUCAAAUGUAUAUAUACCGAGCAGCCUCAGUUACAACAACAGAUAGACAACAAUUGCUGCAUCUUUGUUAGAAACCUCUGA